UAUUAAGGCCUCGGGCUAAAUUAGUAAGAGGAACCCCGUUUGCCUCCACCGGACUACCGUGAUGGAGGGCAUGGACAUAGACUUAGACCCGGAGCUCAUGCAGAAAUUUAGCUGCAUGGGUACCACAGACAAAGAUAUUCUCAUCACCGAAUUUCAGAGACUGCUUGGGUUCCAACUAAACCCGGCAGGCUGCGCAUUCUUCUUGGACAUGACCAACUGGAAUCUACAGGCAGCCAUCGGUGCAUACUAUGACUUUGAGAGCCCUAAUAUCUCAGCGCCGUCCAUGUCCUUUGUGGAGGAUGUGACAAUUGGGGAGGGGGAGUCAGUCCCCCCUGAUACACCCUUCACCAAGACCUGGAGGAUACAAAAUUCAGGUACAGAGUCUUGGCCUCCAGGUGUGUGUCUGAAAUAUGUGGGUGGCGAUCAGUUUGGUCAUGUGAACUUUGUGAUGGUUCGUUCCCUGGAGCCACAGGAGAUGUAUGACAUUAGUGUGCAGAUGAGAAGCCCAGCCACUCCAGGCAUGUACCAAGGCCAGUGGAGAAUGUGCACGGCCACUGGACUCUUCUACGGAGAUGUGAUUUGGGUUAUUCUGAGUGUGGAGGUGGGCGGGCUCCUGGGCGUGACCCAACAGCUCUCCUCCUUCCAGGCAGAGUUCAACACGCAACCGCACCGGCCCCUGGAGGGUGACUUCAACCCAUUUGCCUCACCACAGCGAAAUAAGCAGGAGAGUAACCAUGGCAACCAUCACCCAGACAACAGACUUAAGGCACCCAUGGAAACCUGGGAAAAAAGCCAGAACUCAAUUCAGACAGAGCAGAAUGGACUGUCACACAGCUCUGUGUCACUAUCACCAAACACACUUCAAAACAAUCUAUCAGUAGUGACUUACAAUCAGGCUAGUUAUGGACCUUACCCAUCUGAGCAGUCUUAAAACACAGAGGACGUGCUGCUCAGAUAGCAGCCUCAAACAGUGGCCUUGGGUUCACUCUGUCCAGAGGAGAGACGCAUUAUUGGUUGAGGGGCUUAGUAUUCCAGAAUACCCACAGACUGUUUUUGUGUACUGGCUCCUUUCCCCUCACACCUCAAACACAAAACGAAGACAUGAAGAUGUGUUUGUAUUUCAGUUCAUUGGCACCUGACUCCCUGUGUAUGCAUGUGUGAAUGCUAAUUUAAAAAAAAAGAGUGCUAUAAAUUGUUUUAAAAAGAAGUGAGAUUAAAAAUCUGUAUUUUUUUUCUGUAUUUGUUUUUGCUUUUGUUUUUAGCCAUGGUGACAAAGUUAGUGGGUUGAGUUGCUUCAGGUUGGAGUGAAGUUUUCUGCAUCCGACAGCAAUUAUAUAGUUAAACAUCACUGCUUCUGAAAUUGCAUGCACAAGUUUGUUUUGGUCUUUGAAUGAAACAUUCAACUUGUUUGCUUAUACAAAGAAUGAAUGACAGGUGGAUUCUCUAAUGAAAACUUCAGUAUUUCAUGGGUUCUAGUUGGAGCAAUAGCAGAUAUUACAAUUGCUGUAGAAUGCAGGCAACCUCAGUCUCACCUCUGGCGUGUGUGUGUGUAUAAGUAAGUGCUUGUGUGUGUGUGUGUGUGUGUG